AAAGUGAAUCCUUUAAAAUGUGAAGCGUGGUACCGUCACAGGCCUCAGGCUUCCAGAAGACGCUGCGAGGAGGGUGUGGAAGGAGAGCAGUUACCCAAAUCUCGCCAAGAGCCCGAGAAGGCUGUGAAGGGGGACGCAGGUCUUUGGGACGUCUGCACCCGGGUAGUGUUUCCCUGUCCCUCUCCCGCUGUCUUUGCCUUCCAGGUGAAGCAGAUCAUGGAGGAGGCUGUCACGCGGAAGUUUGUCCACGAAGACAGCAGCCACAUCAUCUCCUUCUGUGCGGCUGUGGAGGCCUGUAUCCUACAAGGGCUGCGGCGGCGGGUGGCAGGUUUCCUGUGCAGCAACAAGGUUGCAGCUCUCUUCAUGAAAGUGGGUAAGAGCUUCCCGCCUGCUGAGGAGUUGAGCCGCAAAGUCCAGGACCUGGAGCAUCUGAUCGAGAGCACGCGAAACCAGAUCUAGGGCCUCCAGGAGAACGUGCAGAAGCUGCCGAAGCUGCCCAGUCUGUCCCCACUUGCCAUCAAGCACCUUUGGAUCCGUACUGCCCUGUUUGAGAAGGUCCUGGACAAAAUUGUGCGUUACCUUGUGGAGAACAGCAGUAAAUACUAUGAGAAGGAAGCGCUCCUGAUGGACCCUGUGGAUGGCCCCAUCCUUGCGUCUUUGCUGGUGGGGCCCUGCGCCCUGGAGUACACCAAGAUGAAGACUGUGGAUCACUUCUGGACCGACCCCUCGGCCGACGAGCUUGUCCAGAGGCACCGCAUUCACAGCUCGCACCUGCGGCAGGACUCGCCCAAGCGUCCGGCCCUCUGUAUACAGAAGAGGCAUUCGAGUGGCAGCAUGGAUGACCAGCUGUCUCUCUCUGCCCGUGACUAUGUCGAGUCCCUGCACCGGAACUCCAGGGCCACCCUGCUCUAUGGCAAGAACAACCUGCUGGUCCUGCCGAGGGAUGACAUGGAGGCUGUGCCAGGAUACCUGUCCCUGCACCAGACGGCUGACGUCAUGACCUUGAAGUGGACUCCCAACCAGCUGAUGAAUGGGUCUGUGGGGCACCUGGACUAUGAGAAGAGAGCUUGUCGUCUGUCCUCAGACGGGGUCAGUGCGGGGCUCAUAAUUCGGCCCCAGCCAGACUUCAGAGUUUCUGAUCAAGAAACCCUCACGGCGGAGCAUUACUGCCGAUGGGGCUGGGGACUUGUGCAGACCUGGACUCUGAACCCCUAUGCAGCCUUGUUACCCUCACCUGGAACCCGGGGCUCAGUGGAAGGGGAACAACCAGGGAGGCCGCCCUUCCGCUUCCCCAAGGGAGGGCACCUCCUGCAGUUCCUCUCAUGCCUGGAGAAUGGGCUGCUCCCCCACGGGCAGCUGGACCCACCACUCUGGUCUCAGCGCGGGAAGGGCAAAGUAUUUCCCAAACUGCGUAAGCGAAGCCCUCAGGGUUCCGCCGAGUCCACAUCUUCAGACAAGGAAGAUGACGAGGCCACGGAUUACGUGUUCAGGAUCAUCUACCCUGGCAUGCAGUCUGAAUUCGGUAAGCUGCCCUGUUCCUGGGCCCUGUUCCUGGCAGCCUUAGUUUCCCUGCAAAUGAGAAAACCACUGACUAUUUAGCUAAUAAAGAUGCUGCUGGGUGGGAGGUGGUAUAGAGUAGUGGCAGUGACAUGGGCUCUGGAAUCCUGGCUUCACCCCCUCUGUGCCUCAGUUUCCUUAUCUGUAAAAUGGGGAUGUUCAUAGAAAAAUGAGAUAAGGCACUUGGCAUAGAACACUGAAAUAUUAGUUGCUAUUAUAUUGUUGUUGUUAUGACUUUUUUACUUCAAUAUAUUGUUGUUAGGAUUCAUGAGAUAAUGAAGUGAUCAAUGUAAAGCCCAUAGAAGAAGGCCUUGCACACAGUAGGUCCUCAAUAAGUGAUAUUUAACAAGCAGAGGAGAAGCAAAGCACUAGACACUAGCCUGCAAGAUGCUAACGUAUGUCCAACAACAGGCAUAGUCACUGCCAUGAAAUAGAUGCUUAGUUAAUUGAAACCAUUGUUAUUUAAGAUUAUCAUCCCCAUGGGAUUAUUAGAAUUAAAUGAGUCAAUAUUUGAAAAGUUCUCAGAAGGAGGCCUGGCAUUGAUGAAGUGCUGUAUGGAUUUCUGUUAAACAAAUCAAUAGCCAGUUAUAGAUUCUUUCUGUAAACUCCAUUGUAUUUAACCCUUGGUGGGUUCCAUUUGAUGGAUAAUGCCUCUGAGCCUCCCUUUGUGUAAGUGAGGUGGCCGGGCAGUGAGAGGCUCUUUUGCAAGCGGACCUGCUC